AUGUCGUCGGGCAAAGGACAGAGGGAGGCGGUGUUCCCCACGCGCCAGGCGCUCGGCAGCACCAAGACGCGCCUCAAGGGCGCACAGACCGGCCACUCGCUGCUCAAGAAGAAGGCGGAUGCGCUCACCAAGCGAUUCCGCACCAUCACGCACAAGAUCGACGAGGCCAAGCGCAAGAUGGGCAAGGUGAUGCAGCAGGCGUCGUUCAGCCUCGCCGAGGUGCAGUACGCCACGGGCGAUAUCGGCUACAUUGUACAGGAGAGCGUCAAGUCGGCGAGCUUCAAGGUCCGCGCCAAGCAGGAAAACGUAUCGGGCGUGUUGCUGCCUGCGUUCGAAGCGGACAUCCAACAGAAAUCCAACGGCGCCUCGGGCAGUGGGGGUGAAUUCGCCCUGACUGGUCUGAGUCGUGGUGGUCAACAGGUGAACAAGGCGCGCGAGGUGUACACCAAGGCACUCAAGGUUCUUGUCGAGUUGGCCAGUCUGCAGACGGCGUUCGUGAUCCUCGACGAGGUGAUCCGCAUGACCAACCGUCGUGUGAAUGCGAUCGAGCACGUCAUCAUCCCGCGCCUGGAGAAUACGAUCAGCUACAUUGUCUCGGAACUCGACGAGGCCGAUCGCGAGGAGUUCUUCCGCCUCAAAAAGGUGCAGGCCAAGAAGAAGGAGAAGGCGGCCGCCGGCGAUCGCGAGCGCGCCAACAUGCAGAAGAAACUCGCUGGCGACGAGACCGACGACGAUGACGACGACGACGCCGAGAACCAGGACAGCCCUGAGGCCGAGGCCGACGAUAAGCCGGCGGAUGCGGCUGCAGAGGCCACGACGGGAGCCAAGAAGAAGAAAAAGAAGAAGAACAAGUCGGCCGCCAACACCAACACCGACGACGAUCAGAGAAGCAAGGAUCUGCUUUCGGGCGGAAAGGACGAGGACGUCAUCUUCUAA